AUGUUUGCUGAAGUGGUGCAGUACUUCGUGCCACGUCUCAUCGAGCUCCACAACUACAUCCCUGCCAACAGCGUCAAGCAGAAGCGACAGAAUUGGGAUCUGUUGUGGAGGAAGGUCCUUCCGAAGUUUUCCAUCAAGACUAGCGACAUCAACACGGAGUGGGUGGUGCAGGCCAAGCCAGGAGCGAUCGAAAAACUCCUGUACCUGCUAAAGACGAAGCUUGACGAGUCGUCAGCGGACGGCCGUGAUCUCGACGACUCCAACUCCAACUCCGUGCAACAGGCAGUCACGCCGCCCACGUCCGACCGCCAGCCAUCGCCGGCGCUUAGCGACGCGUCGCCACAGCGCGCUGACGGCGAGCCGCCUCCGGGCAAGGACGGCGGCGCCAGCGAGUGGUCCACUGGCACGAACCCGCUGUCCAGCAACGGCACGGCCCAGUCCGGCAACGUCACGGAACAGCCUGGCAACGUCACGGUGGCGCCCCGCUGGCGCGACGGCGACUCGUGGUACUCAGACAGCAGCGAGUCCGUGGAGAGCGCCGAUGAGAGCGAGAACCGGCGCAGCAAGUGGCGCCGGCGCAAACGAGGCAGCAGCAGCAGCGACAGCUCAGACUGA